AUGCGCUCUCUGGUUGUCCUCCUGCUCAUCGGUCUCGCCGCCGCAAGGGUCGUGAGGAAGCCCUAUGGCUCCUCCGGCAGCUUUGGCUCCUCUGACAGCUUUGGAAGCGGUGACAACAGCGGCAGCUUCGGUAGCAGCGAUGGCAGCAUGAGAAGCAUGGGCAGCGGCAGCUUUGGAAGCGGUGACAACAGCGGCAGCUUUGGAAGCGGUGACAACAGCGGCAGCUUUGGAAGCGGCGACAACAGCGGUAGCUUCGGUAGCAGCGAUGGCAGCAUGCGUAGCAUGAGCAGCGACAGCUUUGGAAGCGGUGACAACAGCGGCAGCUUUGGAAGCGGUGACAACAGCGGCAGCUUCGGAAGCGGUGACAACAGCGGUAGCUUCGGUAGUAGCGAUGGCAGCAUGCGAAGCAUGGGCAGCGGCAGCUUUGGAAGCGGUGACAACAGCGGCAGCUUUGGAAGCGGCGACAACAGCGGCAGCUUUGGAAGCGGUGACAACAGCGGCAGCUUCGGAAGCGGUGACAACAGCGGUAGCUUCGGUAGCAGCGAUGGCAGCAUGCGAAGCAUGGGCAGCGGCAGCUUUGGAAGCGGUGACAACAGCGGCAGCUUUGGAAGCGGCGACAACAGCGGCAGCUUUGGAAGCGGUGACAACAGCGGUAGCUUCGGUAGCAGCGAUGACAGCAUGCGAAGCAUGGGCAGCGGCAGCUUUAGAAGUGGUGACAACAGCAGCAGCUUUGGAAGCGGUGAUAACAGCGGCAGCUUUGGUAGCGGUGACAACAGCGGCAGCUUUGGAAGCGGUGAUAACAGCGGCAGCUUUGGUAGCGGUGACAACAGCGGCAGCUUCAGAAGCGGUGACAACAGCGGUAGCUUCGGUAGCAGCGAUGGCAGCAUGCGAAGCAUGGGCAGCGGCAGCUUUGGAAGCGGUGACAACAGCGGCAGCUUUGGAAGCGGCGACAACAGCGGCAGCUUCGGAAGCGGUGACAACAGCGGUAGCUUCGGUAGCAGCGAUGGCAGCAUGCGAAGCAUGGGCAGCGGCAGCUUUGGAAGCGGUGACAACAGCGGCAGCUUUGGAAGCGGUGACAACAGCGGCAGCUUUGGAAGCGGUGACAACAGCGGCAGCUUUGGAAGCGGUGACAACAGCGGCAGCUUUGGUAGCGGUGACAACAGCGGCAGCUUUGGUAGCGGUGACAACAGCGGCAGCUUCGGAAGCAGCGAUGGUAGCAUGGGCAGCGGCAGCUUUGGAAGCGGUGACAACAGCGGCAGCUUUGGAAGCGGUGACAACAGCGGCAGCUUUGGAAACGGUGACAACAGCGGCAGCUUUGGUAGCGGUGACAACAGCGGUAGCUUCGGUAGCAGCGAUGGCAGCAUGCGAAGCAUUGGCAGCGGCAGCUUUGGAAACGGUGACAACAGCGGAAGCUUCGGUAGCAGUGACAACAGCGUUAGCUACUAAUUCAAAUAGUUGUUCUGAUGGCUUCAUCAUUUAACUCUAAACGCAGGUGUCCUCGACUUGUUAAUGUUUUCAAUCUGUUUGUUAUCUGUUAAUAGAAUGUCCAAUAAAGAAAAUAUAAUAAAGAAAUGAA